CGGCGGCGGAUCCAUCACCGUGCACCAUCGCACAUUAAUAUGAACCGCGUUUGGAGAUUCGAGUCGUCCUAUUACAAGUGCGAUUGAUGUCCCUUGUGUUCAGUUAAUAGAUUAGAAGUGAUCAUAAUUAAAUAAUAAUCGUCAUUAUUUGUAGUGCACUAUCAAUCCGCUGCGAUACGAAGGCCUCUCUAUCCACGCUUGCGUUAGUCGUCGGAGUUACUUGGCUAUACGUUGGCCGCACUGACUCCGUGGGAUACCGCUGCUCACACUACGCGGGGAUGUUCCGACUGGACUGCCCGCCGGCGCACGACCCCCGCGCUCCUCCGUGCGGCGUGAGACUCGCCCCGCAGCCGUGGCUCACUCCUCUGCGAGACUCCAACCCCGUGUGCCUCGCCUCUCCGAGUGCCGCUCCCUGUGCCGCCGCCGCCGCCGCCGCCAGAAAAUGCUCCGUGGACUUCCAUAACCUGGCCCGGGAUCUCGAGUCACGGCCCGCGUUAAGCGAGAGCGCAAUGCAGGGACACAUCGCCCCUGACACCUCGUCGGAUGCUAACGGUCGCCUGCUGUGCUCGGCCGCGGUCGAAGGUCCCAGGUCCGCGCAGGGCGUCGCCCGGCCAAAGGCUCAGCGUGGCCUCCAGCGGGGCGAGCAAAGGGAGGAGCAGGCGUGGAAACGAGAGCGUAAGGUUGAGAAGGUUGAGAGGUCCUCUCCGAAUGACGGUGCUCAAUAUUCUGAGAGACCGACGCACGCGGUGUGGAUGAACAACAUCAAUAGCAGCAGCAGCAGCAGCAUCGCAAGAGGUGAACGCUCGGAGAGGCGCACUCCUUCCAGCGCCGGUGAGCCAACUCCCCUGGACGCCUCGAGGGGCGAUGUCUGUGAGACGCCCAAGAGCGUCGUGGGGGGCCAGCACAAGAGCGCCUUCUCGCCUCCAGCCAAGUCCGAGCACAGGCGCUCCACCAGCUCUCAGUUCAUGGUCUCCGAGCUGCUAAAGACGACAACGGCGUCCGCUCACUUCGGCGCUCGCGGCAUCGCCGCCACCGCCGCCGCCGCCGCCGCUCACAACGCGCCCACGUUCGUCUAUGCGGACUGCAGGGCCUCCUGGUCCAAACCUCUGGCGCCCAGGCCCAUCUUGAGGCCGUCUCCUCCGCUGCCCCUGCCUCCCGUGGCCGGCCCAGGCGGACUAGGGUUGCCUCCGCAGAACUGGUGCGCCAAGUGCAACGUGUCCUUUCGUCUCACGUCAGACCUGGUCUACCACAUGCGCUCUCACCACCGCUGCGAACGCUCGGCCGAGCCGCUGUCGAAGAGGCGCCGCGAGGAGAGGUUACACUGCCAGGUGUGUGGGGAGAGCUUCCGGGAGAGGCACCACCUGUCCAGGCACAUGAUAUCGCAUAACUGACACCGCGUGACGGCCUCCGUGACGAGCAUGGGACUCCGCAAUUCCGCCGUCGGCCGCCGUCCCGCUUUCUCCUGGCUACACCCGCAUACACUUCAUUGCCGCGCUCGAUUCGGAACUCCCCGAGUUAGUUUGCCUUGUCCGACUCUAAACCCCGCACGCCUGUCGCGACCCGUCCGCCGUCGCCUCGACGAGAUUAAAUCGACGACACUUUCUCCGCCGCACUCUGCUACGAGCUCCCAACGUCGCUUAGCCUAAGCCUGCCGUGAAAUCCCGACCACGCUCCGCUUGCAGCGACUUUGGUUGGCAAGGCCGACGCACGGUGACGUUAAUUAAGCACAAUUAAUGCGCAGUAAUUUGGUGCCAAUGUGCCUUUUGUGGUAUAUGUGUGACUUGUGCGAUGUGUGUAAUGGAUUUUUACUGCAGAGAAAACAAAUGUACUUUGAUCUGUAUUUUAUGUUUAAAAUAAAAAGGUUUAGAGAUAUUUUAUGUAUAUAUUUAUAGUGAUGUGUAUGCAAAUGCACACACACGUACAACUUAGGUUAACGUAAAACAGUAAAACUGGUCAUGAGUAAUAAACGAAAAAACAAUAAAUAGCCCUACAUUUUUGUUAUCAAAAUGAAUUAAUUAAUUCGCAGCCCAUUGUUUAUCCACUGCUGAAUGAAGGCCUCCCCAACGACGUGUCAGUCAUGGACGGUUGUUUAACCACCAUUCUUCACCGUGCUGAUCACUUGCCACUGAUGUUGUCCGUGGCCCCGAAUUGAGCCCAGGUCACCGGAUUAUAGCACAGUGCGCUAACCACUGUGCCACCACUCCUUCCACCCACUAUGAGCAUUUUCUUUUGACUACUGUACUGUGUAUAUGUUUAACUGUAAUGUACGACAUUAGUCUUAGUCUUUUUUAUCAAGAAGUAUUGUAAAAUUACCAAUGCAUUUAAAACCGCUAAAUAUAUUAUUAAUAUUUUAUGCAUAAAGUAUAUUAUUUUUAAUAUUAUUAGCAUUGCUGUGUCUAAAUUAACAAUACGAUUUAGUGAUGGUGCCAUUGUAUGUCUCGGAAAGAAUGUUGAAAUGGGAAUAAACGAUCAGCUGUCGUCUCUUUAUUUGCUAUGAAUUAUUUGUUAUGCAUUAUCUGUUACGAAUCAUUUGCUCAACGUGCUUAAACACAUUGUAUAUUGCUAAUAAAACACGGAAUAGUCCUCGCCUAACAAACCA